CCCGCCCACCCGCCGCGGACAUCCGCUGCCAUGGUGACCCUGCUGCUUCGCUCCCUGCGUCGGCACCGCAGUAGUCCGCGCGGUCUGCUGCUGCUAGCUGUAGAUGUUCCCCUCAGAAACGGGAGCCAUGGCACCCGCCCGCUGUACCCGGACCAUAUCCCCACCACCUCGCUGCAAAAGAUACUGCUGGCCGCAGGCUCGGCGGGAAUGGCGCUCUACAACCCCUAUCGCCACGACAUGGUUGCAGUUCUAGGGGAGACCACAGGAUGCCACACCCUGAGAUUCCUCAGGGACCAGAUGAAGAAGGAUCCAGAGGGUGCCCAGAUCCUACAAGAGCGUCCCCGGAUCUCACUGUCCACCCUUGACCUAAGCAAGCUCCGGAGCCUGCCUGAAGGCUCUCUGGGCCGUGAGUAUCUCCGCUUCCUGGAUGUGAAUAGGGUCUCCCCAGAUACACGAGCACCUACCCGUUUCGUGGACGAUGAGGAACUAGCCUAUGUGAUCCAGAGAUACCGAGAGGUGCAUGACAUGCUCCACACGCUGCUGGGGAUGCCCACCAAUAUGCUGGGAGAGGUUGUAGUGAAGUGGUUUGAAGCUGUGCAGACCGGCCUGCCCAUGUGCAUCCUGGGAGCACUCUUCGGACCCAUCCGCCUCCGUGCUCAGAACCUACAAGUGCUGUUCUCUGAGCUGAUCCCUUGGGCAAUCCAGAACGGGCGCCGGGCCCCAUGUGUUCUCAACCUCUACUACGAGCGGCGGUGGGAGCAGCCCCUGACAGCCCUGCGGGAAGAGCUGCGCAUCAGUCCUCCCCCGGCACAUAUCCAGGGCCAGGCCUAGCCUGCACUGCUGCACUGCUGCACCGGGAGGGCCAAGCCUGCCUCUCCACACACUGCCUUCCUUGGGACAAAAGAGCCCUUCUCUUUGAACCUUGAAUACAACGUGUUAUUGAUCGUAAUGUUCAUAGUCACUGCUGUCAUGUGCCUUGAGGCCAGCCCAGGAGAGAUCAGGCAGGGCCAUGAGGGGUCUGUGAGCUAUCCAAAGAGAGCAGUUUGUGUGCCUGGAACAGCCAUCUUGGAUCAUCGUGGAUUGUUCAGCCCCUCUUCUGGACAGUUACCCUGACAGGGCAUUCUGUCAGGCUCUGUGUCUUAGAAGGCUUGACCACUGACUAUACCCUGUUCCAAAGCCCUGGAAGGAAUGGCGGGGAAGUGGGUGGCAUCUCUGCUCUGAAUAAAGGUUCCCAUCAGG